ACUAAAUUCAAGACGACGACCGGCGGCGAUGGCGCCCGGGGAGCGGGAUGGCGGGGGAAGGCGGGCGCACGCGGCCAUGGUGGGCUCGCAGCUCAUCAACGCCGGUUACCACGUGGUGGCGAAGGUGGCGCUCAACGUCGGCGUCAACCGCGUCGUCUUCUGCGUCUUCCGCGACCUCCUCGCCCUCGCCGUCCUCGCGCCCCUCGCCUUCUUCCAACACCGCGGCUCGCACGCCAAGGCGCGGCCACCUAUUACCUGGAGGCUCCUGGUCUCCUUCUUCGUCCUCGGGCUCACAGGCAUCUUUGCCAACCAGCUGCUGUUCUUGCUUGGCCUCAGCUACACCAACCCCACCUACGCCGCCGCCAUUCAGCCGUCCAUUCCUGUCUUCACCUUCAUCUUAGCCGUCAUCAUGGGGACUGAAACUGUGAGCUUGAUCUCGAUUGAGGGCCGCGCCAAGAUUGGUGGCACAGUAGUCUGCGUGCUUGGUGCUGUCCUCAUGGUGCUCUACAGAGGACCGGCGCUAUUUGGUAGCGACGAGCUCGAGCUUGAUAGUCACGGUGUCAUGCCUGCUAUGUCACAGCUUGAGCCAGCCUGGUCAUUUGGGCUGCAAAAGUGGCAUAUUGGAGUGCUGUGCUUGAUAGGGAACUGUCUCUGUAUGGCUAUUUAUUUGGCUUUGCAGGCCCCUAUUUUGGUGAGGUAUCCUUCGAGUUUGUCACUGACAGCAUACUCAUACUUUUUUGGAGUUAUACUGAUGGUCGUUUCUGGAGCUUUUGCAACAAAUGAUAAAGAUGACUGGUCUUUGACCCAAUCAGAGUUUGCUGCUGUUGUAUAUGCUGGUGUUAUUUCGUCUGCUCUUAACACUUUCCUAUUAACAUGGUCCAACAAACUCCUGGGCCCUGCUAUGGUGGCCCUGUACAUCCCUCUUCAACCAGUUCUCUCUGCUUUACUGUCGAUGCUUUUCCUGGGAAGCCAAAUUUACCUGGGAAGUAUUUUCGGCGGGUUUCUUAUCAUCUCUGGUUUAUAUCUUGUCACCUGGGCCCGACAUAGGGAAAAGCUAACCGGCAUUGGACCAUCUUAUACCAAAUGCACAUUGGAGCCACAUGACAGUGAUUCUCAAGCUGCAAGGAGUGGAAACUUGGUCUCCGAGUCCUUCAUAUCUCUUUCUAGGCCAUGGAAUGUACCAUCUUGAGAAGUUGGUGGUCUGAGUCUAAUCUAUCCCGCAUCUUCUUCCUUUUGGUACCCCUCUUACUGAGAAUAGUAGAUACAGAAACAUGCAUUACAAUGAGUGAAUUGUUGAAGAAUAUUUGUAGGGUUGUCUAAACAAUUGUCUGUCCUCGGUUGCAAGCUCAAAAGAGAUUUAACAAGUUA